AUGGGUCAGGCUGUGCUCCUGGACGCGCAUAGCCAGAUCACGCUGCGGACUGCCUCUGCGACGAUGACCAGCCUGGGCCAGCGCCUGCUGUUGGACUACAACUCCCGGCUCGACAAAGAUGGUUUCGAGUCACGCUGCAUACUGUUGCAGUCACAGCUGGACCUCUCAGCAGAUCAGCGCGUGGCGCUGCCGGAAUUCCUUGCCGGAGCACCUCGCAUUCUGUUGCCCGACAGCGAGCUCCGGGCGGAAGCUGUAUUCUUUGAAGCCUGCUCCAAGGCCAUGAGAUUGCAGAGGAAGGCGCAGCUCUACACGAAUCCUAGCGGAGGAAGCUCCGACGAAGACGACGAGGGCAUUUGCGUGCAGCAGUGA